AUGCGGAUGCUGUCCAUGUUGGCCAUUGCCAAAGUUCCCAAAGACGGUCUGCAGAACCAGGCGGCAUUCGAGGAGAUGAGGGUUAACUACAUCAAGGAGCUCCGGCGUUCGGUGGGCAAAGCCACUAACAACUCCGGCCAAACCUGGCAGCGCUUCUUCCAGCUCACCAAGCUACUGGAUGCCAUGCAUGAUCUGGUGAGCAACCUACUGGACUUCUGUUUCUACACCUUUCGGGAGUCCCAGGCCCUGAAGGUGGAGUUCCCUGACAUGCUGGUGGAGAUAAUCAGUGACCAGAUACCAAAGGUGGAGUCAGGUCUCACCCAUACAAUCUACUUCCACAAAAAGUGACUCGCUACACAACCGGGAGGGAAAUGACAUCAAGAUCUGGAAGAGGGGAGGAAAUAGAUGGAAAUGUGCGAGGAGGGCCUGACCUGCGGCCGACGCUCUGUGACCAACACGCCACCAACCUUCUGCAAGACCGCAGAGGAAGUAACACGAUGCCCAGGACAUGACAAACGGGGGAAUUGUUCCAUCUGUACUCUGCUGUCUCCUUGAGCUGGUAAGAGCCGGCGAAGAGAGGUUCUCAGAGCCCAGUGCGACACGCUGAGAAGGACUCUGGACGGAUGAGACGGAAGCAUCGGUAAAAGCCCCCUUGCCCCAAAGAAGAUAACAGUGUUUUCUAUGGAGACAAAGCCAUACAUUUCCUAGGAUGCGCUAAGACACACUUACUACGCACGCUCACGUAGAGGGUAAUUCUCACUUUCACACACGUUGUCCACACAUUUUCUCAACAUAUGCACAGACGCACUCCAAAGGCACUAAGAACCGAUAACGCAAAGUCUAGAAGAGAAAAAAAAACAAAAAACAAACUUUUACAAAUAUUAACAACGGCUUAUGCAGUCUUUCACAUAUAAUAGCACUACUCCGAGAACAUGUAAAGAAAAAAAAAUUAUGCCAAUACUUUAGAUUUAGCUUUGCAGUGUGUUGACAUACGGUAAGACCGCGGAGCGGAGGGGUUUGUCGGGAGGCGCGCCUGUUUUCUCGGCAAGAAAAUCCCCGACUCUCCGUAAGGCGGAAAGGUCUAUCUGAAUAUAUUCCAAGGGCUAUACGGGCUUCAUCGCGAGCUGGAUAGUGACGUCGGAUCUGACGAGUCCGACCUUUGACUCUCUUGGCGGAGAGCACAGCAUCCAUCAGAUAACGUUCACAUACUCAUCUUCUUUCUUUUUUUUUUUUCCUUCAAAUAACGUUGUUGUAAAACAAUCAAAACUAAUAUGCAAAACUUCAGAGCUAAAGCUGUUCAUUACUGUUGUGUGACGAAAGCUUAAGUACAAUAACGCGUGAAGCUCCCCCCUGUCGUACCGAGUAAACACUAUUUCAGAUGUGUAGAAUUUAACGCAGCAUUGUUCAAAUGAUGAUUGUUUUGUUUUUUUUUUUUUUUGUCCAGAUGCUCAAGAGUACUAGAGACGCCACAUGCAUUCGUGAAAUGGUUUUUAGUGUUUAUACUGGUAAUGGAUUUGACAGAGGUGCAUCCAUAAUAAUUGCUGUUAUUUGUGUAAUCUUCAGAGCACCCGUCCAAUUGUCCAUUUUUAUUCACAGUGAAGCAAAACCAGCCCUUUGUGAACCGACACUUAUCUACUUUUCCCAGAAAUAAUAA